CAGUUACUUACUGAAUACCAAUUCCCUCUUCCACUCCAUGAUCAAUCUUUGUCAAAGGUCAACGUCCACAUCUUCCAACCCCAAAAUACCUUUACCAUUACUCCACAGAUCCUAAAUCCCUUUCUGGGUCUCCUUCUUCCCUACCAAAUCUCAAAUGGGUCGGAGGCAGAACGACCCAGAAGCCACCCAUUACUCCACUCCCUUCCUCCUCUGGGUGGGUCUGGUCUCCUGUGCUCUGGUCUACGCUCUUCUCUCUGUGGUGCUUAAACCCAAUGCGCCUGAGCUCGGGUCAAUGGCAUUGGUGGAACAGAGUGGGGAGAAGGGAGAGAGUGAUAGGGGGUGUUGCAGAGGGAUUGAGAAUUUGGAGCUGUGGGGUGCAGCUGUGAAGUGGGGUUCUGAGUUUAAGUUCAAUUCUUCUGAGGAGUGUUGCCAGUCUUGUAAAGCAAUGUGUACUGGGACUGAUGGGCCUUGUUUGUGUGAUAGUUGGGUCUUCUGUGGGAAGAAGGAGGCUUGUGGCUCUAAAUUUGGUGAGUGCUGGUUGAAGAAGCAGAAGGAUACAUUGUCCCCUCAGCGCCAAGAAACAGGGGAGAAAGUUAGUUGGACAUCUGGAAUCAUCUUUGGGAGAGGAGAGGGCAUUGUUGGCUUGGAAACACAAUAUGGGACUCUACAUAUAAAACUUUUCCCUGACUGUGCCCCUCAUUCUGUGGCCUACAUUCUUGAGUUGUUGGAAUUGCGUCAUUGUGCAGGCUGCCAAUUCUAUCGUGCAGAGAGCCGUGGGGAAUCAUGGGACUCAGAAGGAAACCACAUUAAAGAUGCUCCUUUCGGCCCACCUUUUGCACUGGUUCAGGGAACACUGGAAGCCCAAGGAGCCACAUUUAAGAAGUUUCCAACUGAAGUUUGCCCAACCUUAAGAAGGGGUUCGGUAGCAUGGAUUGGCUCUGGUCCUGAAUUUUUCAUAAGCCUUGCGAACCAUGAGGAGUGGAAAAAAGAAUACACUGUCUUUGCUUCUGUUCUUCCAGAAGACAUGUACAUCGCUGAGAAAAUCACCCAGCUUCCCACCACCCCUGAUGUUUGGAACAAUAUCAAUGUGUCAGUGUUGGAGAAGCCUGUUCCUUUGAUGUUGCGAAGAAUCAAGACAAGCCAUGGGGAUCUCACCAGAAACGGAAAAUAAGAUUAGAAAAGCCUAUAUAAUCCUGGUAUGCAUAUGAUGAAAUUUGAUCCCUCUAUCCGGUUUCCUCUCCGUAUUCUAACUUAAGUUUGCAUUGCUUUCUUGGAGAGAUAACUGACUUAGAUGGAACUUAAAGAAAGUUUUCGAGUUUACAUGUAACAAACUUCAUUCAUGUAUCAGACCAUAUACCAAGCAGGGAAUAGUAACAGACUCUGGAAAGCAAGAAAGUUUUUUUGUUUUCAUGUACCAAACUUCAUUGAUGUAUCAGAUUAAAUACAAAGCAUGAGAAUAGUUAACCCA